AUGGAUCUCCUCCUCGUAUUUCCUAUCUUCUCCCUUCUCCCUUCUUUAUUAAGGAUUCUCUUUCUCUCUUCCCUACUUUUCUUCUCCUCUUUUGUCUUUGCCUCUGAAAACAACAGUAAGGCCUCGCCAACCCAACGUCAAUGCAUUGAAGGCCAUUUCUCUGCAUUGCUCCACUUAAAGCAGGGCUUUAACUUCUCUAAUGACAGCAAGACUACACUCUCCUCUUGGAAUCCUGAUAACAGGGAUUGUUGCUCUUGGGAAGGCAUCACGUGCGAUGGUGCCACCGGUCACGUGAUCAGCCUCGACCUCAGCGAGCUUAGUAUCUACGGUCAGAUUGAUUUUGAAAGCCUCUUUCAUCUUCGAAGCCUGCAGAGUCUCAACCUCGCUUACAAUAACUUCGACUCCUCUCCAAUCCCAUCUGGUUUUGACCAGCUCACCAGCUUGACCCAUCUCAACCUCUCUUCUUCAGAUUUCUAUGGCCAAAUCCCAUUGGAGAUCUCCCUCUUGACCAGUUUGGUUUCCCUCGAUCUAUCUUAUAAUCCCCUUCAACUCAAUAACCCUAACAUGGGAACACUCCUCCAAAACCUAUCUAGUCUGAGAGAACUCUAUCUCGACUAUGUAAACAUCUCAGCCGAGGGUGGUGAGUGGGGCCCAGCUGUAUCCUCUUCACUCCCUCGUCUCCGCAAGUUGAGCUUGAGUGAUUGUUAUCUUUCAGGUCCCAUUCAUUCCUCCCUUUCAAAACUCCAUUUCCUAAGUGAACUCGACCUCAGCUACAACAAUCCCUUUUCUGUGCUACCCAACUUCAUGGGAAACUUCUCUUCUUUAACAUCACUGCGUCUCAUUGGUUGUGGAUUGCAAGGUGAAUUUCCGGAGAGUAUUUUCAGGCUGCCAAACCUAAAAACUCUCUAUGUAUCUUACAAUCCACUUCUCACAGGUGAAAUCCCUUAA